AUGUCGCACUUGGAGAGUUUUGCCCUUUUCCAAGCUCUACCUCCCGAACUGCGAAUGAAAAUAUGGGGCGACGCACUUUCGGAGCCGACUGUUUGGGCCGCGGUUAGCAGAGACUGCGGAGGUUGCUCAUCCUGGGCAAUGGCCUACGUCGGGCAGGUGCCAUAUCUGGCCGGACUCGCAUGCAGAGAGUCUCGGCGGCUGCUGAGGAAACUUUACACAUCGCCCCUCCGAGGACCAGGAUUAGCGACAAGUUUUGGCGCCUACUGGGUCAAUCUGGAGAGCACAGUCGUCUACCUCGGUAGCUCAUCCAACGCAACCGACCUCAUGGAGGCUUUCAGCGUGGAUGGCUUAGCCAGAUUCAGACAUGUAGCUCUUCGAUGGUACCAAUUCGGCAGACUUGCCAGGACGUGCCAACGGUUGGCAGAAACAUGCCCGGCGCUUCGCACGAUCAUUAUUCGACGCGACGAGUCAGACGAUGUGACCAGUGAGUCGGUUCGUGAUGAUCUGGAUCCAGACUUAGCCGCCUACUACACGACGAUCCCAGGUUCCGUCGACCCCGAAACAUCACACGACAAGCUAGAUGUCUCUCAUUUCCGCUCACUUCUCCUGGAAUAUUUUGGAGAUUCUCCUCCCAGAAUAUAUUUGGUCCCCACCAGUUCCGCGAACUUUCAAGGAUGA